AUUUUAUAUGCUGUGUCCGAAUGUCAUAUCUCGAUGCAUCCCGUUUACGUCUGCUUUCUCGACACGAAAUAAUUUAUAUCGUUCCUAUGUAACAAUUUUAUAAAACAUUGUCAAAAAAAUUAACUAAUUGCAAACAUGUUUCAAUUUGGGUUUAACAUGUUUCCGGAGAUCCCGCGGCCUUUCAACACUCAGUACAAAUGUUUUUCGGUGUCGAUGUUACCCGGCACCUAUCGUCAGGAUGUCGAGCGCGGUGGCAAAAUAAUCAUGCCACCGUCUGCUCUGGAACAACUUACCAGGCUCAAUAUUAUUUAUCCAAUGUUGUUUAAAUUGACCAAUAAGAAAACAAAUAGAAUUACUCAUUGUGGUGUGCUAGAGUUUAUUGCCGAUGAAGGCAAAGUCUAUUUACCUUACUGGAUGAUGCAUAAUCUUUUAUUGGAGGAAGGUGAACUGCUAAAUGUAGAAAGCGUGUCGUUGCCAGUUGCGACGUUCUCACGAUUUCAGCCACAGUCGGAAGAUUUCCUAGACAUUACAAAUCCAAAGGCUGUACUGGAGAAUGGUCUACGCAGUUUUGCUUGUCUGACAACAGGCGACUUAAUUGCUAUCAAAUAUAAUCAAAAAAUUUAUGAGAUGUGUGUUCUUGAGACCAGACCUGGUUCGGCAGUCAGUAUCAUUGAAUGUGAUAUGAACGUAGAGUUUGCACCACCAGUCGGUUAUAAAGAACCAAAGAGAGAAAUAAAAAAGGAGGAAAACGAGAUGGAAGAUUUGGCCGAUUUGAUGCCUGCGCCGACUGGUUUCGUGCCUUUCAAAGGUGAAGGCGUCCGGUUGGACGGUAAGAAGCGCAAAGAUACACCCAAGCAGGAAACUUUGGCUGCUAAACCAACCUAUGUUCGAGGAAUACCCGAUUACGAUUAUCAGAUAGGCACUCUCAGAUUUUUGCGCAAUAUGAAGCCAACAAAUAAUAAAGAGAUGAAGGAUUCGGACGAAUUUAAGGCGUUCAGUGGCGAAGGAUUCACCCUUCUGAGGAAAUCUAGAAAAUAAUAAAAUAAUAAGUGCGCACACGCGUGAAUAUACGAAUACACGAGCGUUUAUCCUUUUUAAUUUAUAAAUAAAUUUGUAUAAAUAUUUAUUUUAGAGAUUGAAUGAAUAUUCUUCAUAGAUUGAAAUAAUAUUCUUGUAAGAAUGUUCUAUUAUGGAAUGACGUUCCUUAUUUGUUACAAGAAUGUGAUUAAAGGAUAGUCAAUUUUUUGCUUCAGAAUUAUAUUCAUAUCAAUAUUAAUUUGAAAACAUUAUUACUAUCUCUUAAUAAAUUUGGCAUAUCUUUAUUUUCCACGAAUUUUUUUAAAUAAAAAAGUAAUUAUUGUGUAUUAUCUUUUUUACAUUUGUAAAAAUACCGUCGGCGUAUUGUAUACAUAUAUAGAAGAAAUUUAUAAAAUUUCACAAAGUCAUUUUUUUAGAUUUACUAUACAGGCUACAAAAAUAUUGUCUGAUUUCCUAAAAAGAAAAAAUUUCACUCCAAAGUAAGAAAGUUCCGCAAUGUCUAUCAUUCGUAAAUAGCAAACAGAGGUAAAGAAAAACAAAUUUAUAAACCUGCUAACUAGAUCAUACAAAUGUGCAUAAUAUAGAUGACAUAUGUGAUUUAUGGCUUGAUCAGUUAGAAUUGAAUCAAUUGCAUGAACGUAUAAUUGCAUGAUAUGUACAUAAAAAAUGAAGAGAUUAGAAUGAUAAUAUAUGGAAUAUACAAGAAAAAAUUCUAUAGAAAAGUAUUAAAAUUGUAUAAAAUA